AGACAUAAAUUACUAGUGUAAAGUGUAAACCCCUCCUCCCAACCUCUCUGCCGGACUAUAACUCCAGCCGGCUAAACUCUCCCCGUUCCGGCGUUCGAUUCGAGUGAAGAAGGAAAUUGAAGGCUUCAGAUUUGAAUAUAUUUCAAUUGCUUUUCAUUUGAGAAAUUUAUCGCAAGAGAUUUAGCUCUUACCCAGAACUAAACGGGGCUUCAGUUUCUGGCGAAGGGUUAAUGGAGAAAGGCAGUGGCCGUUGCAUUUACGACGCCGUGUCAUCGAAUUCUGCAAUCCUUCUCUUUGUUGGUGUCGUGACGAUCGUUAUAAUUCGUGUUCUUUUUGUUAUGUACCGGAGCACUAAGCCACUUCGACCCGAAUCACCGCGACCCCUCUGCACACUCAUUGUAUUGGGUUCAGGUGGUCACACGGCAGAAAUGAUGAACUUGUUGUUUGCACUUGAAGAAGAUAGAUUUAAGCCUAGGUUUUACAUUGCUGCUACAACUGAUAAUAUGAGUCUCCAAAAGGCACGAGUAUUUGAGGACUCUUUAGUUCAGAAGGCAGGGACUGAGGUGGUUGGAACAGCUCAGUUCAUGCAGAUAUAUCGAAGCCGAGAGGUUGGUCAAUCAUACAUAACCUCAGUUGCUACAACCUUAAUCGCUAUCGCUCAUGGAUUGUGGUUAAUGAUCAAAAUUAGACCUGAAGUGAUUCUCUGUAAUGGCCCUGGAACUUGUAUACCCAUAUGUGUAAUUGCAUUUUUCUUAAAGGUACUUGGAAUCAGGUGGUCAUCUAUAUUUUAUGUUGAGAGUAUUGCAAGAGUGAAAAGGCUUUCUUUGAGUGGUUUGCUCCUUUACAAAUUACACAUGAUUGAUCAAUUAUUUGUUCAAUGGCCACAAUUAAAAAGCAAAUAUCCUCGAGUUCAUUAUGUGGGUCGUCUUAUGUGACUGCUCUAUGGCAAUAGUGAGUUUGCAAAACUUUGAUGUUGAUCUUAUUUCUCAUUCUCCUAGCUCUUUUAAAAAUUUCGGGUUGACAUUAAAGAUUAUUUGUUUCAGAAAAGGUUGUCAGAGGCAUGGUUGUAACCAGAAAAUUUGACCACAUGUAUCUUCAUAGUACUAUAUUCAAAGGGAAAAUAGAGUAAUACCUCAUUUUUUUGUAAGGUUACACUUUUUUUUUUGUUGUUGUUGUAAAUACAUUUACAUGUGUUAUACAAAUGGCUUUGGGUAUGAACAGAUUACAUUUCCUUGCCUAGCCUAGUGCAGGCGUGCAGCUGAAUUAUUCUGUGAUUUACUAAUUUAGGUGGCUCGUAUGAACACUCGGAAAGUAGAGCUUAGAAACUCAAGAAAUGGAGAUUUCUGUUUCUUUUAUAAACUUGCAUAGAUUGGGAGAAUCAA